CAAACUGGAAAAUGGCGGGGGCUCCUGAGUUGGAGGUCCUUUCGGCUCCGGGGGAUGUGGAGAGAGUAGCCGGCACAGAAGACCGGACUUCGGGCCCCGCCACUGCCCGUCAGGACUUCCGUGUGCGCUGCACCUCGAAGCGGGCCGUCAUGGAAUUGGUGGAACUGUGCGGCCGCUUCGUGCAACAGCUCGGGGACUCGCUGCCAGAUAAGAUUCGGGAGCCUGCGCUGCGAGAUGCGCAGUGGACUUUCGAAUCAGCCAUACAAGAGAAUGUCAGCAUUAAUGGGCAGGCAUGGCAAGACGCUUCAGACGACUGUUUCAGAGAUUCUGAUAUUAAAGAACUUGAAGAUCGGUUUGAUGAAAUCAUAGUAGAUUUAGCCACAAAACGCAAGCAGUAUCCCAGAAAGAUCCUUGAAUGUGUCAUAAAAAUUAUAAAAGCAAAACAAGAAAUUCUGAAGCAGUACCACCCUGUUGUACACCCAUUGGACCUAAAAUCCGACCCCGAUCCAGCCUCUCGUGUGGACAGUCUGAAAUGCAGAGGAGAAACAGUGGCUAAGGAAAUCAGUCAAGCCAUGAAGUCCUUGCCUGCAUUAAUUGAACAAGGAGAUGGAUUUUCCCAAGUAUUAAAGAUGCAGCCUAUUAUCCAGCUCCAGAGAAUCCACCAAGAAGUCUUUUCCAGUUGUUACAGGAAGCCAGAUGUUGAAUCUGAGAGCUUUAUAACACAAAUAGAAACCACACCAACAGAGACUGCUACCAGGAAAACUAGUAACAUGGUGCUGAAAAGAAAGCAAACUAAAGACUGCCCCCAGCGAAAAUGGUAUCCAUUGCGGCCAAAGAGGAUUAAUCUUAACACAUAAGCUGUUUCUGUUUACCUAGGAGUUGAAAUUAGGCACUAUCAACAUUUAGUUUAAAGUCUGAUGCCUAGACAGGACUUCAUUAAAAAGCAAGGAAGUAACUCUUUAGUGAUUUCUUUAUACAAACAUGGUUGUGGUUGCUCUGUUCAGGGGUAUGAUGUAAUAUCAUAUCUCUUCAACAUUUUAUCUAUAGUGGAUGAAAAGCAUGGUUUUAAAGUACUGGCACGAAGCCCAUCAGUGGGUAUGAACAGUGCAAUCUCCUACUGCCCUUAAAUGCCAUCGAUGCGUGGCUGCUUUACAGCUCGUACGGAAUUUCACGCGUGACACGUGCCGUCGGGUUUCGGAUGCAUUGCUUUCUUAAAAAGGAGCUGUGUAACAGUUGUCCUCCUGCGAGUGCUGAACGGAUCGCCGGUUCUGCUGGGAGCACGUGCGGGAUAUUUUUUUGUCUGUCUGUUUUCAAUGCAAUUUGUUUUAUCAAAUUAAUGUACAAAUGACAAGACUGGCUUUCACUUUGUCACCCCAGUUCAGCUAAUUCAGAUCUGUGGGAUCAGUUUUAGGGUUUUGUUUUUGUUUCGCUCUAAGAUAAGACAACUAUUAUUUGUGCAAGACUUUCUCUCAAAUAAAAAUUGGCGUGUAGCCAUAUUUUUUGUCCACACUUUGGUUUUCCAUAGGCCUUUUAACUUUUAAACAUAAUUUGACUUGGGAAAAACAGGGUUUUUUUUUUAAAAAAUGGAUUUCUCAUUAUUUUUUCGUACAUGAUUCUAGUUGAGAAAUACAUCAGAAUAAUACGUUAACCAAUUGUCCUGUGGAACAAAUGUAGAUGCAAUCAUACUGAGCCGUUUCAUGUUUAAGGAUGUGUGUAUAUCAAGGAUAUAAUCAUUGGUAGAAGUCUGCAGGAGCUGUGGUGCCCAUGCUUCUAACAUUCGACAGUUUCUUAAAGCUCUCAAUGUGUCUCUUACUCACAUUGAUGUAAUGUAGCCAGAGCCACCUAACUUGUCAGCUUCCCUCUUUGAUGACUAUGCCCUCAUUCGUUUGCAAAAGAAUAUACUAUAAUCAUGAGGUUGGAAAAGCUGUACUUCUUGUGUUCAUUAUGUCUUAAUAAUCAUAAAUGUCAAAAUGUAACAGAAAGCCUAUCUCAGUGAGGAAAACUUACAUAGCUUCUUUAUUGCAUUCUGUAUUUUGACAUUACAAUAUGAGAUCUGUAUAUCUGUGUAAAGUAGUUUGUUUUUUAUUAAAAUAACAUGCAUUGAC